AUGAGGCUCCCGCUGACCCAGCCGCUGCUCCGGCUCCACCUCUCCUGUCGGACCCAGCUCCAGCAGAGGCGGCUCCCUCCUCCGCUGCGUCGGCUCCGCGGAUGUCCAACAUGGACCAGGCUCUGCGGCCCUCCUCGACCGGGAUUCUGUGCCGCAGGCCGUCACCAGGCUUUCAGAGAGGCUCCCCGGGCCGGCAACACCCUCACUCCACCUGCGCCCGCUCACUGCCUACAAUCACCGUCCCCUGCACAGGUGGAGCGCCCAACACUUGGAGGCUUCAGCACGUGCACAUCAGCUCCUUGUCCCCUUUCCCCCCCGACCAUGCUCAUCAUCGGAGACUCCAUAACCAGGUACAUCAGGUUUUUCAGUGCCAUAACUCACUGUUUUCCAGGUGCCACAGUACCUGUCAUCCUGGACAAACUUCUGAAUUUACUCCCCUCUCUCCCCUCAUUGGUCACUAAGAUCGUGCUCCAUGUCGGCUGA